AUGUCGCAGCCUUCCUCCUCCGCGGGCGGCGGCGAGGUCAUGCAGCCCACACCCGUGGUCCCCUCGUCCCAGCAAAGUUCCUCACACGCCCAGCCCGACGUCUCCUCAUCAUGGACCUGUCCUCCCGUCCAAAGCACCCCCGCAAAGCGCUCAAGUCCCUCCGCUCAAGACCGCAUCGCUAAGCGCCACUCUACGACGUACCCCACCACCGCCUCAUCCCCCACCCAUGCAACCCCCAGUGCCAAUGCUGCCGCGGAUGGAGCUAUGCCUCCGACUGCCCCUUGGCCCACCAGCUUCCGGCACGCCACCACGUCACAUGCCCCCGUGCAGUCGACCUCGGCACAGGCCCAUACACGGUCACAGUCGGUCGCUUCCGCUUCCCAACCUUCCUCAACCAUCCUAUUGCACAACUCCGCGUCUCAGGUAUGGGACCGCCGCCAUUCACUCACAUCGGCCAUGCAACACCAGCCGCCCGAAGCCGAGGCGAGCUCGUCGGGAGCGGUGCAUGCCUUUGAGGACUACGACGACAUUCAGCAACACUUCCCUGCACACGCCGAUAACCGAACACUCCCUACAAUUCGGCAACCCGCCGUCGCACGAUCCCCUGCCUUCCCACGCGGGCUCGAGCAAGAAGAGGCGUUCAGUGAUCUUUCAAUCCUCGGCUACCCCAUGCCACAGCCGCAACCGGACCCCCGUGCGCCUGAACGCCUCGCCGACAGGCCCGACGAGUGGGGUCUUCUCUCUGAGAUGGGACCCAUAAGCAGAAGCGAGCUGAACAACGUCUCUGGCUGGAAUGACCGUGUGCAUGGAAGGCAGCCAAACACAUCAGACUUUGCGCGCUUCGCCGCCGGGCCCUCGGCACCUCCCGCGUCCGCUCCGGCGGUGCCACCCGCGCUGCGCAACAUGCGCGCGCGCGAGUCUCGAGAGUUCCCUAAUAUCCCUGCUUUCCCGCCCUCUGGGUCCCCUCAGCCUGACCCACCUCGUGUCGCUUCUGCAAGAGUCUUGAGCGCCCUGGACUUUGAGGCCCAGACGGCUGAUGUCUCCCGGGACCGUUUCGACUGGCCCACCUCUAGCUCUGACGAGUCCGAAGCCGGCGAAUCCCCCGGCAGCGUGAAUGCCUUGCUUCGACGGGCGCGGCGGCGCGCGAUGGUCCGCCCCUCAGCUGAGAUGCUUCCGCAAGAUGCUUACAGGUCCGCUCGCUUGGGGAUCGCGGCUCCGCUGAGAACGACACGUGCAGCCGCGGCAUCUCAUGCCGUCUCCCCAGGCCCAGCGCCGUUGCUAAACCAACCUCCCAGCGCGGCGCCCAUCGAGUGGCAGAGUUUGCGGGGUUUCCGGGCGCUGUCCCCUCCUCCCAGGCGAGAGCGCAACAACGCCGUGCGCGAUUGGCGCAAUGGCGUCGCCCAGCACUCCAUUGCCCUUCCCCCUGGCUCUGGGAGCACUCAACGUCUCUCAGCAUUAACAGCGGGUUCUCAGUCUGGCCGACCCGCUCGCCCCGACUCUCAUGUUCCAUCUCCCCUGGCACGAUACCCACCUCCUACAGACACCCGCCUAGACAGAACACGACCGCCCCGCAGCGACACUCCCGCAGCACAGGGCACGUUUCCGCCGUUUACGAACAAUCCCCCGGACAGGGCUCGACCGCCUACUCCCAUCGCCCGGGAGCGACCUCGGGCCUCACCUGGGAUCCGCCCCGACAUACAGUCAAGCUUGGACAUGGAGUCAUACUUCAUGGCCUUGGGGCAGAUUCGUUCGCACUCUCACGGGCGAUUGUCUGAGCUGGUUCAGGCCCGUCCGGACCCGAGGACUUCGUCUCCUCCCAAUACGCUCAUGCAGCAUCACAUGGACGCCUCAGUCGCCUCCACGGCCGUGGCAGGCGGGACCACUCGCAGCGCCAUCCCUCCUCCAAUGACGCUGGCACGUCGCCGCGCUGUUCAGUUGGCACGCUUCGAGCAAUUGCGUAGGGAGAAUGAUGAGCAAUUUGGACGCACUUCCGAGCCCGAGCCUGACGUUGCGGGGGCGCCACCGUCCAGCGGUCUUCGGCCUCUAUUGUUGGCCGGUCAUGUGCCCUACCGUGCUGGUCAGGCGACGGACGAGCGUGCAAGGCAGCCAGUUGAUGCCCUUCCGCCGAGGCCUUCCCACCAUCGUGGGGCACCCGCGCGUCACGUUAACCCCUACGACCCUCUGGCAAUUGCCUCCCCUCACCCACUACUCCGCCGACGGUAUGUCGAUGAGGGCGGAUUCACUUUCGAUCCUUCGACGAUCGAGGAUACCGCAUUUGAUGCCGACGGCGUGUUGAGACCUUCAGAGUUCCCCACCACGCCUGGAAUGCAGACGGCGUUGAAUCCGCUGCGGGCCGAUGGAGGCGAUCCCAUCAGGCGUCAGCCGUUGAAUCGCUACCUGCAGACAUCCUCUCACCCCAUCCCACCAGUUGCCGGUCCCUCGGGCCUGACUCUCGCACGCCAAGAUCGGGAGGCCCGGAUCGCGCGUACUCAGCAGCUGGCCAGUUCUGGCAACGCCUAUGGCGCGCACGAGCAAGAGCCCCUUUUUUCGCGGAUAGUCGGCGCUGCCAUGAACCCGGAGGACCGCGCUUGCCGCGUCAUCGCGUGCGCUCUUGUUGAACAGGAUCCGUUGGCCUACCUGGCAUCAAACACCGUCAACAGCCCGGAAGACUACCGCCUGCGCCCAGAGAUGACGCCCGAGGCUCGAACGCUGCUGCUCAUGCGCAUAGCCCGCGCCACCUCCAUGUUCCCCGCGCUCAGCCGGCGCAACUUUAUGACCGCCGUUCUCGUUCGCAGUAGCUGGUCGGUCGCCAAGGUGGAUGGCGAGAAGGACGAAUGCUGCGCCAUCUGCCAGGAGGACUACGAGCCCAACCAUAGGGUCAGCGUCACCCCCUGCAACCACAUGUACCACGUCACCUGCAUGGACACAUGGAUCAAGACGCCCAACGUUUCGACCUGUCCCAUGUGCCGCCGUGACCUUGCCUUGAUGUUCAACGCGAGGAGGCUGUGUGUCGGCGGCAAGGAGGCGGCGCUCAAGUUGUGGCUCGAAUUUCCCACUGACAUGGUGCCCCCACGCGAGUUCUGA